AUGUCUUCCACCACGGAUCCUACCGUUGAAGUAACUGAGACCAGCACUACCGCCGAAACCAGCGAGACCGAGACUGAGACUGCUAGUACGCUGCCAACCAGCACCACAGCUGCAUCAGUGGGCGCUACCACUACUGGAGAGGGAACAACAACUGCCGAGGAGACUAGCAUUACCGCUAAUGGGAUAACCACAGCAGCGGUAGAGACUACAGCUACGACCGAGGCUGAAACUACUAGCAAGUAG